AUGGAGACCAGUACUCAAAAUGGCAGUGGUGGCGGAGGGUCGGCCGGCUUGCUGCGUGCUCUGCAUGACAGCGGGAGGAUACACCGGCCUCACCAUGCCCAGGAAGGGCAGCCCGAUCCUGGUGUAAACCCCGGCCAGCAGGCCCCUGCCCCUGGCUCCUUGCCUACCCAGCAGAAGAACGACUUGGUGGUGCCACUGGGCCUGGGGACCAACGAGCAACUGGAGCCCCAGGCCCCCAGGUCCAACCAGAGGAACUUACUCCCCGAUCUUCAACAACAUCCCCAGCCCACACACUCUACAGUCCCCUCCAGGGAUGCCCUAUCUCUUUCUUCUAGCACAGAGGGCUCCAGAAGCAGCCCGAGGACCAGUAUAGGCAGCAUGUCUUCCGUGCAGAGGCUCCUGAGUAGCCCGGCGGUUAGCGAACGGAUAAUCAGGACCCAGCCCAAACGGGUGGAGCUUAAACAGGAGGAAUUGAAGCCCCUGGUGAGUACGGCAGGAGGGGCGGUGGUGGUCACGGUGCCCGGUGGCGGUGCCCCCGCUGCUAGGGAGGGGCUGCUGGUUAAACACACCUACCGCUGUGAGGACUGUGGCCAGUGCAAGUGCCAGGAGUGCAUGUGCCCACGCGCCCUGCCCUCCUGCUGGAUGUGCGGCCGGCGGUGCGUGUGCUCGGCGCAGAACGUGAUAGACUACGGGACUUGCGUGUGCUGCGUUAAGGGCCUGUUCUACCACUGCUCCAGUGACGACGAGGAUACAUGUGCCGACAAGCCCUUCUCCUGCAGCCAGUCGCACUGCUGCGUGCGCUGGUCGGCCAUGGGCCUCCUGUCCCUGUUCCUACCCUGUCUCCUGUGCUACCUCCCGGCUAAAGGGUGUCUCGCCGCGUGCCAGAGCUGCUACGACCGCGUCAAGCGACCGGGCUGCCGGUGUAAGAACACUAACGUAGUCCACUGUAAGAGCGUCAACUGUAUACCGACGUAAAGGGAAAGUACAUUGGGUGUUGUGGAGAAUCGAUGGGGGUUGACAACUUUGGGCGACUGAAACGAUCACCUCAUCACGUUUUGGCACUGUAGUCAGAAGUUGAUUGGGGGAUUGGCUAAGCUUAGCUGUUUGACGUGGUUUGUGUCGUUUGUUUUCAGCUAUGGUUCUUAAUACGGGCUGCUUAAUCACCAAGUGCCCUGAUUUUGUAUUGUUAUAAUCAAAGUCCAGAAUGUUAGCCCUUUUGACAUUUAAUACAACUGAUAUGCUAUGGACAGACUCUCCUGACUAACUUGUUUGUGAAUAGUAAUCUCAAAAGUAUGUAAAUUAGCAAAUGACCUCUUCAGAGAUGUUUUAUUUUUGUAUAUAUAAUAUUUCAACUGUGAAAAGCAUUCUGCCAAACCAGAGGCACCUUGAUGAUAGAUCCAUAUAUAUUAUAUAAUACAAUGUUUAAUGUUGUACAUUCAUGGGAAUGUAUAUCAAUCAUUUUUUAUGUUUGCCUUACAAGAGACGGAUAUUUACACAUCGUAUCCCUUCAACUCUACUUGUAAAUUGUACAGUGACCCUAUAAGAACAUCUUUAUUUUCUAAUUUCAACAUUGUUUAGUGUAAAGAAUAUUUAUUUGAAGUUUUAUUAUUUUAUAAAGAAAAUAUUUAUUUUGAGAAGCAUCUUAAAAAAACAUCAGCCUGUUCAAGUACUCUGAUGUUACUGCAAGUUAGGGUUGACUAGGGUUUCAAAUUGGAUGCAUAUGUUCACUAUGAAAUAGACAAAUAUAUUAACGUUUGAAAUUAAA